ACCGCUUCUCAGUCGGCUGGUGCUCAUCGCAACCUCUACACUCUCGAUACUACCGCUCACAUCAGCCCAGAACGCCCAAGUCAAGGUGACAUUUGGCGAGACCUUUGGUGGCAUCGGCCCUCCAAACGACACCUUUGCCAAAGACGCCACCCACAUCCGCGCCGUAUCGGCAAUCCCCCUCGCUCUAUCGACCACGUUCGUCCUCAUAUCUCCCGCGGAGAGCAAGCGCAAGUUCUCCACCAUCCCCACGGCUUCGGCCCUCGGCGCCGCAAGCUGCGUCCUGCCCGAGGCCGCGGACAAUUACCUCGCAAAACUGCUACUGGUCGCAGUCCCAUGACCCCUCCCAGCUCAUUUUCUCCUUUUGGGGCCGAGAAUUCGACGUAUACGUCGGCAUCGCAUGGUGGUCCUCCGGCGCCGUGCUCGGUCUCGCGGGCCUAUUUGAAGGAUGAAGGAGCGUUUUUGUCACACCGAUCCUGUCCUUUUUGUUGUUUUGCGGGGUCGCCUCUGGCGGCGAUGCCUACCGUCUAUGCCGUUGACGCGAAUAACGACCCCGUGGUCACACAGUUGUGCGGCAUCGUCACGUGUUGUCUGGCUUUGGUCCAGAUAGGGGUCAUGAUACGUAUUGCUUUCGGAAGACAGGCGUUUGAGGCCGGUCAUACAGGUCGUGUGGUUCGAUUUGAGGAGAAGACAUGGUUAGCCCAAACCAACAAGUGA